AGGAAUAAUACGAAGCCAAUGAUCAUCAGUAUCAUGGAAUAUAACGGCUCGUUUUGAAGUGCAUACACCUGUACUAACAUCAGAAAAGCCAUGGACCUACUAGGUCCAUGGAAAAGCAUUGUAAAAAUUGUUUUCGCUUGUUCAUAUUUGUCGGAAAACACCUGGAUUCUCUUUGGUUUAAGGUACUUCUAUGUAUUUUCAAUGACACUGGAGGAUGUAUGCUUCCUAAUUUCCGUUGGUGUAUAGAUGGGGUCUGAAGGGGUCGCCUCCAUAGUCACUGGGGGCACUGCCCUCCACAAAGUUCAACAAACAAGGUCAUUCGGGCAGGGAGUACGUUGGGUUCGCCACCCUCCCGGAACAGAUGCAGAGGAAAUCAGUUAAGAGAGGGUUCGAGUUCACUCUUAUGGUGGUUGGCGAAACUGGUCUUGGUAAAUCGACACUUGUCAACAGUCUUUUUCUCACGGAUCUUUAUAAAGACAGAGCAUCGCUAAACGCAGAAGAGCGAAUAGAUAAAACAGUAGAGAUCCAAAGAUCAUCAAUAGACAUAGAAGAACAGGGCGUGAGAUUGAGACUAACAGUGGUCGAUACACCUGGGUUUGGAGAUUCAGUUAACAGUGAAAACAGUUGGGGUCCAAUUAUCUCUCACAUAGAAAGUAAAUUCGAGCAGUAUUAUCGAGAUGAGAGCGGGCUGAACAGAAAGAAUAUAAUAGAUGACCGAAUUCAUUGCUGUCUUUAUUUCAUAUCACCGUAUGGUCAUGGGUUAAGACCGAUUGACAUUGAAUUCAUGAAAAGGCUGCAUGACAAAGUCAAUAUCGUGCCGAUCAUCGCAAAAGCAGACUGUCUCACCAAGGCUGAAGUUAAAAGAAUGAAAGACAGGGUAUUACGAGAGAUAUCACAACAUGAGAUCGGUAUCUACGCAUUCCCUGAUUGUGAGUCGGACGAAGACGAGGAAUUCAAGAAACAAGAUCGAGAACUCAAGGCAAGCAUUCCAUUUGCAGUCAUCGGUAGCAACACAGUGGUUGAAGUUAAUGGAAGAAGAGUGAGAGGAAGAUUAUAUCCUUGGGGUAUCACAGAAGUUGAAAAUCCAAAGCACUGUGAUUUCGUCAAGCUCAGGAACAUGCUAAUCAGGACACACAUGCAGGAUUUGAAGGAUGUAACACGUGAUGUUCAUUAUGAGAACUAUCGUCUCGGCAGGAUAAGAGGAGGAGGAGGGACCCAUCUCACCAGGGAAAGAAGCAAACUCAAGCGGGACUCGGGUGUUUUCGACGAAGUCGCCGAAAAGGACCGAAUGCUGGAGCAAAAGGAGGCCGAACUCAGACAAAUGCAAGUCAUGUUGGAGAAAAUGCAACGCGAGAUGGCGGUAACACGGAGAAGUUCACGAGGGGCCGACCCCCUCUAUGACGAUAGGCGGUCGAGCACUGUCGAAGUAUGAUAAUUACAGUGUAAUAUUUUAUGUAAUAAUUAUCAGGGGCGGCGCCAGAUUAUUCUGAUAGGGGGUGGGGUUGAGAAUCUAAGAAUGAUGUCAUUUUUAAUGAAAAUACAUGGGUAUAGUUCUGCGACCUAUCCCUUUUUCCUACUCUUCUUCCCCUCUUGAUAAUUUUGUCAUAAGGGACACCCCUGCCCACUUGUGGUGUCGCCCCUGGCCUGAGUCGUAUCAUAUUGUGUAGUAUCAGGAAGGUUAUAUAGUUAUAUCAAUAUGUAUAUAAACGAAUUUUGUAAUGACUAUAUUAUGUGUAGAUAGAUCAUAAUGUCAUAGGAAGUAUAAUCAUCAUAGGAAUGUGAAUUUAAUUUCUGUUUCAGAUAUUUCAUGUUUACAAAUGAUUUUAUACGGACAAUGCAGAAGCCGCACUUUUGGUAUAUGAUUUUACUUCUCGGGUAUAUGCCCCAUUCACACCAACGAUAUCGACUCCAAACCGACCGGUGGUAUGUCAUUGGUAAUAACGUAAUAUGUCUAAUCGGUCUGGAGUUGGUUUAUCCAUUGUGACUGUGGCACUAAUGUUAUCAUGUUUACUUCAUUUUCUAUAUUACCUCUUUUCAUAUUGAUAUUGUAAAGCCUUCAUGUACAAGUGUUUUUAGACAUAUUGAAAUGUGGCCAAAAUGACCAUGAGAUUGAUUAAUAAUUAUGUUUUACAUCAGUUCAAAUGCAUUAGUGAUAAUAAUUAAUAAUAGCUAUUUAUAUAUAGCACUUUUCCCAUAAAGGCCCAAAGCGCUUUACAGCAUAUUAUUACCCCGGUCAUCGGAUCCUUGCAUUCCCGCAUACAAUGUAUGCACCUUCUCCACUCCCUGGGGAGCAUUCCAACAAAAGCUCCAAGACUCAAUUGCUAGGCAUACUACAUAUGCUUUCGCAUCCUACCGGGUACCCAUUUAGCAGCUAGGUCGAGAGUGGCAAAGUGUGGAUUAACGCCUUGACAAAGGACGCUAGACAGCGGGGGAUUCGAACACACGACCCUCUGUUUUCAAGGCGAGAGUCAGAACCACUACACCACUGCUCUUCCAUUAAGCAAUAUUAAACAAAGUUUAUAAUCCUGUACUGAAUUUCGUCUUUUUGAUUAACCACCCUUGAAGAAUGGCUUAUAGAAGCAAAUAUCGAAAAGAAAAGCUGAAUGUUUACGGAAUCUCAGAAGCAACUCUUUUUGGAAUGGAGAUAAAUUGUCGAGCAAACAAGUAAAACAGUGUGAAUUUAUUUAUAUACCUGUAUCAGGUUGAAAAUCAAUUCUUAAACAUCUGUUUUUAAACAAAAUCAGGAUAUCAAAGACAAAAUAAUUUUAUUGCGCAACAGUCCCAUGUUAAGAAAGAUAGCUGGUUCCGGGAGCAACGGAGUCUUCCGUAUUCCACCCAACAUAAUUGUGAUGAUAUUCCAAUAAACAAAGAGAGAAAUCAAAAUGAACAAAUCGGUAAAAAGAUUGGCUAGUAAGAAAUAUCAAUAAUAGUGUGUAUUGUAACAAGUGUUUUAUGCAAAUGAGGGAACAAAAUGCUGUCAUAACAGAGACGUUUUCUUUCUUUGGUGUUUUACUUUAUGUAGUCUUGAAUAUUUUUCGUAAUAAUUAUGUGCCAUUGUUCAACCUUCUUUAUUCUUUUUCAAAAUGGGUUUACAAACUUAGUGGUUUGACUCAAUUCACAUUUUCUGUUCUUAUAACCUGAUAACAGGAUAUUUGUAAUUUCAAAUGAUGAUGCACGCUGAAAGUAGUCUGCUGUGCAAACCCUUCACUCGAGUAAAGUGUCUGGAUUGCAGCCUACUCAUGCCUUGUGUAUUGAAGGCCCUUGAAACAGCAAGUUUUGUAUGUGCUAGUCUUUAAGUGGAGACACGCUUGUUGAUCAAAUUUUCAAUCAGGGACUGUGUCUGCAGACUAUGCUGAAAGAGCGGUGAGCUUAAUGAUGCCAUCGGCUCAAUA